AUGCUGCGGCGCUGGCUAGCUGAGACGCGAAGCCUUCCUCUAGAGGCUCUCUUACAGUCUUCCGUCCGCCUGCUGCAAGCUCCACUGGGGGCCCCCCACCUCAGGGGCCUCGACUGCUACUCUGAGCAGCAGCAGCAGCAACAGCAACGUCGACAUGUCUUUUGGGGCUUGCCCAGACAACUGUAUAGAGACGACGUUCUUUUAACACUCCCGAACGGGGAAAAAAUGAAGCGCGAGGAGGCAAAGGCUCUGAAGGCUGGAAAGAGCAACAGCAGCAGCAACGGCGAAACUGCAUCAGCAGAUGACGCUGCUUCGACUCGCGAGGUCAUGGAUGAGGACGGGUCGCCCUCCAAGGCAAAGAGCAACCUCGGCAGCAGCAAGUGCUGCUAUAAGCUGAUAGGGCAUGAAGGGAGAGUCUUAGCGUUGACUUUCGCUGAAGCAGGGGACCGCUGCCUCCUCACCGGGGGGAGCGAUGCUGUCAUUCGCCUGUGGCCUACUCCUUAUUCCCGCGAAGUGCAGCAGCAAGGCAGUGCUGUCUCAGACAGUGAGGGAGAGGAAGAAGAGGGAGUAGGCAGGCGCAGGAAGCAGGACCCGCAUCUUCUACCGCUAUGCCAGUAUAGAGGAGCUGCUGCCCCCCUUUGGAGCCUUUCUGCCAGUCCCCUGGGGCAACAUCCAGGGGCAGCAACUGACGUGCCUCAUGUCUACAUGCACCCGAAUUCCUCCCUGCUGCUAACAGCCGCUUCCGAUGGAGUUGUCCGAGUUUUCGACUUACGGGCUGCAGACGCCGUUAGAACGUGGGAGCUUCCCACUGCUGCUGGCCCCCUUCCUUCUCAUCUCGAGGGAGACAGGGGGAGUGGCGCAGCCGCAGCAAGGGCUGCGUCGGCAGCAGUGGGAGCAGAAAUUAGCCAAGUGGAUGGCACCCUGCGGUGGCCCUUAGAUCCUCGGCUUCUCAGCGCAGCAGGGCGGACAGCACUCAGCAGCAAAAGUUAUCACACCAGCAGCCUGAACGGAGAAGCCUCCGCGCUCACGGCAUCCCCCAACGGACGCUUGGCUGCAGCGGCAGACAAGAUGGGCCACAUCUAUGUGUGGGAUAUUCCCUCCGGUUGCCUCAUCUCAAGGGCCUUUGCGGGGCUUCCUGCUGUGCAUGCUGCGGCUGCUGCCGCGUUUGCUGCUGAGGGCUGCAGUAGCGCAGCAGCAGCAGCAGCAGCCUCAGAAACGCAUGCAACGGCUCUUUCCUUCUGCUACAAUUCCUCUCUUCUUGCGGGAACCACGGGGGAUGGCAGAGUUUUACUCUGGGACACUGCAGCUGGUAGGAGCCCUCAUAUGCAGCAUCAAAGCGAUUUGUAA